GGAAAGGACAAUUGGUCGAGUGGGAGGAGCCUGCUCCAACCAAAUAGAAUAGUGGCUCCUUGUAUAGGGUGUGCACUCUAGAACUAUACUUUUCUCAACCGGGUGCUGCGGGUGGUAGGGGGAGACUGAUCACAGAAAAACAGCAGUGCUUCUUAUACCCCCCCCUUAGCUAGAGUCGAGCAGCAAAUGCCCAGCACCAUGCUCUCCAGCCUGCUCAGCCCAUUCCAGGAGCUGGAUAUGGAUACCAACUUAUCCAAGGAAUUUAUGGCUCUGCUGUCUGAGAAGAGAUUUAAUGUUAUUCCUGCUGAAGAACUGGAGAGUACCUAUUCAUCUUGCCCUAUCAACUUAAACAAAAAUGAGAAGAGUAGGGAGAAAUUAACAGAAUUCAGUGUUGAAUCUUUGGAGAGACUAUGGACCUGCAACAACCAGCUUUCUGUUCCGAAUCCCUUAUGUCGCAUCCCUUUCCUAGCUGACCGCUCUGUUAGUAUGAUUGAGGAGAGCAAAAAUAUCUUUUCUCCACCUAAGCCACUCUCUUCCCGAUACAAGACUGAGCUUUGUCGUACUUUCCAUGAGAUUGGCUCCUGCAAGUAUGGAUCAAAGUGCCAAUUUGCACAUGGGUCUGACGAGCUUAGAGGGCUUAACCGACACCCCAAGUACAAGACCGAACUGUGCCGAACUUACCACACUAUUGGCUUCUGCCCAUAUGGAUCUCGCUGCCACUUUAUCCACAAUGCAGAAGAGCAAAGGUUCAUUAAGAGUACAAAGGGACAGCGCCCUCCACUUCUGAGGCACAGUAUAAGCUGCUCAGGGAUCCCUUCUUCCACUUCUUUAGAUUCCCUCUUCUCUUCCUCACUCUCCUCCUUUUCUCCAGCUUCUCCCAGCUUUUCCCCAUCUGCUUCCAUUUUCAGCUCUGGCCCUCCCUCUCCUACACUUAAUUUGACGCCUUUCUUUCACCCGGCAUCGCCCCCUUCCCCAGGAAUACGAAGCCCUAUGCCUGUAAGAGAGUUGGCCCAGUUUCCACCUUACAAGAAGUCCGAACCAAGCACUCGGGACUGCUUUUUAGAUAAGGAGAUCAGUGCUUUGAAGGACUGCUUUUUAGAUAAGGAGAUCAGUGCUUUGAAAGACUGCAAGGAGAACUGUAGCAAUUCCACUGAAGCCAAGCGUCUCCCAAUUUUCAGCCGCUUGUCUGAUUAAUGGGCAAGCUUUAUUCAACUUUAAAAUAUGCACAGAAAAUUUAGUUCUGGGCUUCCUUGCAAUGCUAAGUGCUCAGUAAACAUGCACACAAUUAUGAUAUCCCAGUAGGAAUGUAAUAGGUAUCAAGAACAAUGUUUUAAAGAAGAGAAAAACUUACUAACGCUGGAAAUUGUGUCAUAAUUCUAUGCCAAUACAGGACUAUGGUAUAAGGCUGUAUGUUUCUGAGUAAAAGCAUCCAAUCAAAAUGUCAUCCUUACAAGCUAUGCUAUUUGAUCUGUGCUAGUGACAAGCAAGGCACCAGGAUCACAGACUGUGGCUAUAAAUGUUUGACAUUAUUAACCAAGCAAAAAUUGAUGUUGGGAACAAAUACUUAGCAAUCUGGAUAUCUUGACUUUGGGAGUGAAAAGAUCUGUACACUGUAACUUGGUAGUAAUUUUCUAGGCUUUGUUUGGUACAAAGCAGGACUAAUUCACUGAAGUGUAUUUUGCCAGUGUUAAGCCCUGUAUUUAGUUUUCAUGGCUUUUAUGUGUCAAUUAAUGCAACCUCAAAAUAUGGUUGCAUUUAUUUAAAACAUAUUGUUUUAAUGUUCUAUGAGCAAGGCACAAUAAUUGGGGGAAUUGUUAAAGAGAAAUACCUUUCCCUGCUGCCGAAGUACAGUAUGCAGUUUUACAGCCUUUAUCACCUUUGUGUGCUCUCAUAGGUAGAGCUCUAGAAAUGUGCAAACGCAUACAGCUCUUUCACUGAUAGAGCCUAAGGAUAGUAGCAAUCCCCAUGUAUUUUGUCUAUCACAUUUUUCCAAACUCAAAAUCCCCAUUGCUGCUUAUGGGGAUUGAGUUAGCACCAAUUAUUUGCAGUUUUCACUUAAUUUUCAUUACAAUUGGUGAUAUUAGGAAUGAUAACACCAAAUUUUGAGUGUAGUAAGUAUUGUGGUCAGGUAUAAUUUUCAGUCACUACAUGUGGCUGUUUUAGGCCAAUGACACACUGCAUGAUUUGAUCACUGCUGUUCUCUAGGGCAGAACUGUAGAAGUCAUGCCUUUCUCUGUGAAAUUUGCUGCCCAUUCCAAAGUUUUUUACCACCAUAAUUUUCUCUGAGGGGAUAAUGACAAUUAAAAUGAUUGGUGUACCUUGGGACCUAUGGAAUAAGAUUGAAGGUUGAUAACUUCUUUUUUUAUUUCUUAAUUGGAUCAUGGCUGCAAAAGAUUAAGUGAUAGGAUCAAGUAAUCCAAUUUCCUUGCAAGAUGCCUUGAGCCACUAUGCACCCCCCUUGCUAAUAUAUCUGUUACCACAAAAUCAGACCAGCGAGCAGCAAUACAGUAAUGACAAGGACAGACGGGGCGAUUAGUCACAUGUUUAAGAACGAAGGUAGCAUUGCUGCAAUUAGUCGGCGUGACUAAUCACCCUGUCUGUCUUCGCACUAAGUUGUCUUAAUAUGUAGAAACUCGUAAAUUCCUAAAGACUUGCAUUUUCCAUUUUUAAAAAAAGACCUAGUUUUCCUAACUGAACUUUGACCAAAUGUUGACAGCAGUUCAUCAAUCCAGUAUCUGGAAGAGUAAAUUGGCUUUUAUACUGCAACAUAAAUUGUUGGGUCACUUUUAUUUUUUUU